GACUGACAGCUCGCGCCGCGGCGCCGGGAAAGGACCCGGCUGCUCGCGGGCGGCGCAGUCGCCGCAGCCGCGGAGUCCGACGGCGCCGGUUCGCUGCCCGGUCCGCCCGCGGUGAGAGAUGCCGUAGGGCCAGGUGAGCUGCUGUGAAGGACUCAUUCUUGGUGGCCGGCAGUUACUGGCAACUUGUGAGCUUGGUGGGCUCCUACUAACACACCUGGGACACCAGGCUGCUGGGCUUCCCUCCAGGUAGCCUCCCCUCCAGGCAGCCUCACCAGCAGCUCCCCUGAGCCAUGGAGACUCCAGAGGUCCCCGUGGGCUCGCUAAUCGACUUUGGGCCUGAGGCACCCACCUCCUCUCCCCCGGAGGCACCACCCGCUGCACUGCAGGACGGCGAUGACUUCCUGGCGGACGGUGCGUCAGAGAGUGAGACCACUGAGUCUGCGGACAGUGAGAAUGACAUGGGCGAGUCGCCCUCGCACCCGUCCUGGGACCAAGACCGCCGCUCCUCCUCCAAUGAGUCCUUCUCCUCCAACCAGAGCACCGAGUCUACCCAGGAUGAAGAGACCCUGGCACUCAGGGACUUCAUGCGUGGCUACGUGGAGAAGAUCUUCUCUGGAGGGGAGGACUUGGAUCAGGAGGAGAAAGCCAAGUUUGGAGAGUACUGCAGCAGUGAAAAUGGAAAAGGCCGGGAGUGGUUUGCUCGAUACGUGAGUGCCCAGCGCUGCAACUCCAAGUGUGUCUCAGAGGCAACCUUCUACCGCCUGGUGCAGUCUUUUGCAGUGGUGCUGUUCGAGUGUCAUCAGAUGGAUGACUUUGGGCCUGCCAAGAACCUCAUGACCAUGUGCUUCACCUACUACCACAUCGGAAAACCGCAGCUGCUGCCCCCAGAGUCCCGGGAGAAGCCCGCGGGCAGCAUCGACUCCUACCUGAAAUCGGCAAACAGCUGGUUGGCCGAGAAGAAGGACAUCGCCGAGCGGUUGCUGAAGAACACCUCGGCCAGGACUGAGAAUGUCAAGGGCUUCUUCGGGGGGCUGGAGACCAAGCUGAAGGGGCCCCUGGCCAGGAGGAACGAGGAAGACGAGAACAAACCCCAGGAGAAGCGGCCCAGGGCUGUGACCGUGUACAGCCCCGAGGACGAAAAGAAGGGGGAGAAGAUCUACCUGUACACGCACCUGAAGCAGCAGCCCAUCUGGCACACGCUGAGGUUCUGGAAUGCAGCCUUUUUUGACGCUGUCCAUUGUGAGAGGACAAAGCGAUCUCCCACUACCAGGGAGAAGUGGUGCCACAUGACCCAGGAGGAGCGCGACGACAGCCUCCGGUUCAACGAGAACAUCACCUUCGGGCAGCUGGGCACAUUCACGCACAACAUGCUGGCCUUUGGACUGAACAAGAAGCUGUGCAAUGACUUCCUGAAGAAGCAGGCUGUGAUUGGCAACCUGGAUGAAGAGCAAUACAAGCUGCUUAGUGACCACAUUGAGCAAAUGGCCACUGAGUAGGGCCCAGAGGUCGCCCUCCGCAGGAGGACUGAGGCCAUGCGCCAUUCUCCCGGGCCCAGCGCCCGGCCCGUCACCCCACCUGAUGACCUGCAUGAAGCCAGCAGCACCCAGAGCCACUCCUGCUGCCCUAGAACUAGCGGUUAGAAGAAUCCGCUGCUCCUCCCUCAUCUCCUCUGCCUGUGUCUGCGACCCCUAUCCAUGUGCCAAAGUGUCCCUUGGGUCACACGGCUAAAGCCGAGGUGACCAGUUGUACCCUGAGUGCCAGGCUUGUGAGAUGAGACCAAGAGGGAGGAGGGGAAGGACGCCAUGGGCCAUCGUGGGCCAAGGGCUGGCAAGGGUGGAGGCGGGUGAGGGAUGCCAGCAGGACAGCCAUGAGGUGGGGCUGCAGCCGGCACACCCAGUGGUGGAGGGCCAGCGCUGCCACUCACGGUGGGUGGCCGUGGGCCACGUUCCCUGCAAUGGGUGCACACGCGGCUCCCAUCCAGCCCUCUCAGCGUGGGGCUGUGGCCGGUCCUCACUGUUCCCCAGUCUCCCUCUGUGGGGCAGGAACGGGAAGUCACAGGAACUUUGAGGAGGAAACGCCUGUUUUAGGGAGACAGUGGGUGCGGUGUAGAGGAUGCUCUUGGCUGGCUGGAGCAAGACCUGGCUCCCACCAGAGGGACAUGUGUGUGCCCUGCAGACGGCCCGGGAUCUGUGUGUCUCCGCCAGAGUCACAGCAGUGCCGAGGUGUCCGCAGCAGACCACACAGACCGUCUGAAAUGCGCCCGCCUGGCGGACAGCUCCCUUCUGAAGCAGAGAAGGUUCCAUGGUCACGAAGCAGCGUUGUGCCGUGUGUCCCUCGCAAGAAGCACAGGAAAGAGAAGUUUCUUUAGUAGCCACUAGACAACCACCCUUUCUGAAAGCAGACAGUGCUGCUCUUUAUUCUAGACAAGGCAGGAAAGUCUGAGUUGGGAAUGACAGCGGCUGGAGAGAAGCAGUUCUGUGCGACGUGUAGGGCGAGCCAGUGGCGUGGCCUCUGCCUCUAAGCGCUGAGCAUUGGGCCCCUUCCCCACCAGACCUUUGUAGCUCCUUCCUUCAGCCUCUGUAGAGACUCCUUUCACCUCGCACCUACUGCCUGGGAACCACAGCCCUUUUCUUCUGUGGGUCUGUACCAGGUACUCCAGGCCAGCCCGUGGGCCCGGGGCCUGACCCCAACACCUGCAUGCCAGGUCCAGAGCCUUCUGUUUCACCGAGCAUGGACGCUGCUAGGCCGCCUGGGGUCCCCUGCCUCCUGCCUGUCGCUGCCGUGGUCCCUGACUGUGAAACAGGCCCGCGGGGCUCUCCCUCCUCCCGCCAUCCUCCCCUCCUGCCCUUCCUGGCUACCUCCUCUGAUUUGCAGUCAGAUAAGUCCCGUCUUGUUUGUGAGCACCACAGAAACGCCUGAGAGUCACUUACCUGGCCACUGCUUGGAAGGUUUCCCUCCGGAGAAUGCCUCCCCAGAAUGGAAUGUUCCAGAGAUGCAACAUUCUCUGGAGACAACAAUCUGCUGCAGAUUGGUCGGAUCACAGAAUGUGUGUCUGGGGCAUUAUCUGAAACGUGGCGUCAUCUGAUGCAUUUGGACCAUAUGCUGCCAGACUGCAGAACGGGGGAGCCGGGGCUCAGGGCCCCUGACUGCAUGUUGCAUGAGUGAUCUCAGCCUAGCGAUGCCGCUGGCCAGACUGUGGCCAUGCUGCCAGUGUGCUCGCCAUGAGCUGGGUCAGGGCUGGGGAGUUGUGCAGGCUGGGGUGCCCCUUCCCCCAUCAUUGGGCCCCAACGGCCAUGUCUCCACCUCAUCCAUUUAGAGAAACGUCAGAAAGCGAGGGGUGUGCGGACGCCCCUCGCUCUGAUGCUAACUGCAGAUCAUACACACCUCCUGCAGCGUCCAGCCACGGCUCCAGGGCACUGCUCUCCUCCUCGCACCGGUGAAACUCAGGCCACACUCGAGGGCUGACUGUCCGGGCACUCCCUUCAGCCACCUCAUCAUCAGCGUUCUUAGUCAUGCAUUAUUUGUGUUAGCUGAAAUGCAUUCAGACUUUGUUCUGUGGUGCCCACAGGACUUACCCCUGUAUGUAUAGGAUUUUUGUAUGGAAGUUUUGUUUGAUUCUGAGACUCUCUUGGGGGCGCUGGAGAGCUUGUGCACAGCCUCUGGAAGGAAAAGCAGCACUGACUUCGUUGGGCUUUUUUCCAAGCACUUUAACUUCAAAAAUGGUCUUGACACUUUUUUCUCCAUGUAGACUCUUGAAAUAGCCAUUUCAGGGGAGGAAAGCGUUGAGGUUUUCUUUGUUUGUUUGUUUGUGUCCCCCUUUACUACCUGUUCUUGUAGAUCUAGCUCCUCAGAGUUGGAGGAAGGCUGACAGAGAAGGGUCCCCUCUAGUGCUCCAUCCACACAGGAUGCCCGAGAGACAGCCCCUUGUGCUGUGAGCAGAGCAGGCGGUGGCUCUGGAGGCUGCCUGUGGUCUCCUGCCGGCUGUGGCUGACAGUGGCUCUGGCCAGGGUUCCUGAAGGAGGCCCAGUGUGCCUGGGACAGGGCUGACCACUUGCCACCAAGGUUUCCUCUCUUCCCCCAGGACCUGGGCAGAGCAGGCAUGAGCUGGGCUGUGGUGCAGAGCAAGCAGACCCAGCCACACUGCUCAAAGGUCCCUGCGUGGAGAGGUGUCACACCAGGGGCACACCCAGGGCCACCUGGGUGUAGCAGAGCUCUGGUGGCCCCUCUGUAAACUCAGGAAGUGUCAGGUGAUUCCUAGGGAGAGGUUCCCAGUCCCAGCAGGCAGAAUGCCCAAAACCAGGAGCACGAAGGCCUGUCAUCCAUGGGGCCGUUGUAGGCACUCUGCCGCCUGACCUUGAGGGCUGUGCCAAUCCUAGUGAACCAAAAUGCAAACAACUCACGCAAGUGAAAAGCUCCCUGCUUUGAAAACAGGACAUGUUGACAGGCAGCAUUGUAUGUUUUUAGCCUUUGUUACAAUUUUAGCAACAUUGAUAGAUGUUUAAGAGGGGCCGUGUUAAUAGAUUGCAUCUGCCCUGUGCACGUGCAUGUUUAACCGAAGGCCAGAGCACUCAAUUCUGAUGUGGUAAGUUAUCUGUAAGUGAAAUGGGGUAGACUAUGAUUUUCCUAUUACCAAAAGAAAGAGGGCCAAACAGCUCUGAAAUUUCCAAAAAAUGGCUAGAGGGAGAGUCCAGUUUCUGAGCUGUGUACCCAAAUUAAAAUCCUGAUGUUCAGGUUAAUCCAAGCAACACACGUUGGGUUUAGAACCAGCACCGAGGCCCAGUGCGGGAAUCACAGACAUCACCAACUCUCGUUUUCUUUCCUUCCUGUGAGUUGAAACCAAACAGGCCUCUUGCUCACUCCUCCAAGCCCAGUAAUGCUGAGGAGUUCAGUUGUGAGGAAAGAAGGCUGGAGCUGUGAGAUUCGCUUUUCCCUAGGCUGUUCUGCGUGGGUUACCUUAUCACCCUGGAGCACCUGGUAUUCCAGACCCCUGACACGAGGAAUGCAGGUUCACACUGUAAACAGUUUGUGAAAGGUUUCAGUCUAACGGGUUCCUUAGCUGGAAGCCAGGGCUGGUGCUACAGGCCUGACCUUCCUGGGUCCCACUAUCUGUUGGCUUUUUUUUUUUUUUUUUUUUUUUUUUGAGACGGAGUUUUGCUCUUGUUGCCCAGGCUGGAGUGCAAUGUCUUGAUCUCGGCUCACUGCAACCUCCACCUCUCAGGUUCAAGCGAUUCUCCUGCCUCAGCCUCCCCUCCUGAGUAGCUGGGAUUACAGGCAUGUGCCACCACGCCCAGCUAAUUUUGUAUUUUUAGUAGAGACAGGGUUUCUCCAUGUUGCUCAGGCUGGUCUCAAACUCCCAACCUCAGGUGAUCCACCUGCCUCGGCCUCCCAAAGUGUUGGGUUUACAGGCGUGAGCCACCACGCCUGGCCUUUUUUUUUUUUUUUUUUUUUUUUUUUUUUUUUUUUUUUUUUGACAGAGUCUCACUCUGUUGCCCAGGCUGGAGUGCAGUGACACAAUCUCUGUUCACUGCAACCUCCACCUCCCGGGUUCAAGCAAUUCUCCUGCCUCAGCCUCCUGAGUAGCUGGGAUUACAGGUGCACGCCACCACGCCCGGCUAAUUUUUAUAUUUUUAGUAGAGAUGGGGUUUCACCACGCUAGCCAGGCUGGUCUUGAACUCCUGACCUCAGGUGAUCCUCCCACCUCAGCCUCCCAAAGUGCUGGGAUUACAGGCGUGAGGCAUCACACCCGGCCUCUGUUGGCUUUUUAGUUAGGAAGGAUCCAGCUAGGCCCGUGUGGUUAGGUCAGCUUUGUUACUGAAUUACCUAAAACCAGACCACAGCGCAGCCAGGGAGCCCAGUAGUGUUUCCAAGAACAGUGUGGAGCUUGAGUAAGAGAACUUUAAAAAUUAGAGGGUCCCUUUCUGCAGAGGAAGGGAUGCUUACAGGGUGGCAGUGGCCCAGCCCCAGCCUCAGGGACAGGGGAAGGAGAGCCCCCUCUGGGCCCAGCAGGCAGGUGUUCUGAGGCUGGUCCCUCCUCGGUUUCCGCAGCCACAAGGCGAAGUGGCCAGAUUCUCACUCAAGGUCAUUCUCCCUCCUUUUCCUGUCCUGUUUCCAGUCCCACUGAGCCAUUCACUUCUGCUGAACCAUUUUUCUUAGGAUGCAGCCAUCUCACUCCCUUGUCCUGUAAAUCGUGUAUUCAUGUUGAUGAUUCUUGGAGAUAGGUUUCACUUUUUCCCAGCUGCGUCCACAGGAAAGGGGACUAGGAUGCUAGCUGCACCCCGCCUGGCUCUCGCGGGCCAGGAACAGGAAUGUGUUGGUGCCUGAGACAGCAAAUGGAAGAAGCACAUCCAGACUGUUCUCCUGCGGCCAACACUGGGCCGGAAGCCACCCUCCAUACAGGCCCUCAGGGUCCUGCCUUCUGCACCUCAGUGCCCCAUGCAUCCCUGGGCCUGGUAUCACAUGCUCUCCAGGAAAGGGACAGAAUCAGUCGUGACCGAUGGGCUCGCAAGGAUGGGUGCCGCCGUGGGAGCCCAGCCUCUGGUGCUGGCAAGGGAUUGGGUUUGUGUGGGUGUCUCUAGCCUGCAGAGUGCAGUGAGUGAGAGUCCUCGGGAGCGCGGCCCUGCCUGUAGCUGCGCCUGGGGAUGCACGUGGCCAUGGGAUUUCAGUGGGACAGCGCUCCCACCGGGGCUGGGGGUGGGGGUAGGGUUUCUUAGUUACUAUUGGAAAGGGAAAAAUUCAUAUCCAAGGGGAGAGAUGAUGGGCUGGGUUUGUUUACCCCAACUUCCCUUCUACACCCCUCCUGCAGGACAGUGCGAUUUGGGGAGAACCCAGCUCCCCACUUUAUCUGCAGACUCUGGGAACUGACAAAACAGUCAGAGCCUGAGUGCACUGCAGCCUGAAGCUCCCUUGAGCAGCACUUUAAGGGACUUUGCACUUUAGAAAGAGGAUGCCUGUCAGUAAAUCCCCUGUGCAUUGACUAGAACUGGGGGGCUGCGCCCGCUCCCUCCUUAAUCCUAGAUGAUUUGCUCAUGAAAUAGAAGUGGGGGACGACCGCGUGCACCCCGGGAGGUGCAGCCCUAAGGGGUGGACUCCAGAUCUCCCUGCAAGAGACAGCUUGGCUUGGCUUUGGCUGUUGGGGAGGAGCUCCUGUCGUCCCGGCGAGCCUGGGGCUGUUGCUUAGGGUCCUCUGGGUGGCACUUGGAGAAAGAUAAGGCAAACAUUUGAACACUAGGAAAAGCUAGAAAUUCAGACAACACACAUGGAUCCCCUUAAAACAUGUAAAUGUGUCAGCACGGUUGACCUGCUGCCUUCUUGAACCUGGUGGCCCCCGUUGGAACUAUCAGUGGCGUCUCCCAUGCGCACGCCCUCUGGUUUCUCUUUCCUAGACUCGCGGUGGUCACAUCCAGACAUUACCUUGUUGGUAGCCCCCAAGUGGCGUGCAGUGACACCAGUAUCAUCUCUGUUGCAUUUUUGCAAUCUUGUGUCCCACUCGGUGAUGUUCUACAAACUCUACUUUAAGGUUGAGAAAAUUUCAAGAGUGAACUCAAAACAGUGCUAAAAUCAAAGGUGUUUGCUGUGAAGAAAAAAAUAUGUGUAUAUAUUGCACCUUGAGUUGUCAGAAGGUAGAAACUGAAAUAAACUAUCUUUUUUUUUAAAAAA